AUGGCAACCAGAGCUGCGUUAGAACUCCCUAAGCUGACUGUGAGAAACUUGCCUUGGACCGUUGGUACCAAGCAGUUGGCAGAUUAUUUUUCAAAUUUUGGCGUCGUCUCAAAAAGUUUUGUGACAUUUGACAAAAACACUGGUAUGAGCCAAGGCUUUGGUUUUGUUGUGUUUGCUGAUCAGAAGGGUAUGAAGGCAGCCCAGCAGAAGAAAGUUCAUUUUCUGGAAGGAAACACAUUGUACCUUACUGAGAAAGAAAUUUCAUCAAGAAAUUUUGAAUAAUCAGGGUAAAAAACAUAAA